UACCUGCUGUCAAAGAUUGGGAGUACAAAAUCUCUUCUUGAAUGAUAUCUCCGCCGAUAUAACGAACAUAAACUAUUAACUGUGCACAAUUAACGAUGUCGGUGGAUUCAUCGCAACUAAAGGCAAAAAAUGGCGAUAAUUUUACUUUGUUAAUUAUUUGUGACUUUAUUAUGAGGUUUAUUUUGCUUUGCUAUCAUAAAAGCUAUUUCAAAUGCAGCUUUGAGAUACUGCGAUACACCUUUGUGGUAACUUCCCGAUUUAUCCAGUCUCAUGCGCUUGAGUGAUUCUGCUUUAGAAGAAAAACUCUUUCGUCUUCAAAACCAGAGUAGGAUGAUGUUGUUUCAAAUGCCUUCCAAGGCGAU